GAUAUUCUAAUGUUUUCAUCAGGGAUCAUGAAGUCAUUGAGCCUCAGAAACAAAAGGCUCUUCACAUCAUCUACUCGUGGUAUCAGAACCGCUGUUGUACUCAGUGGAUGUGGAGUAUACGAUGGAAGUGAAAUCACUGAAUCUGUAGCUACAAUUGUUGCUCUCUCCAAAAAGGGAGUCGACAUUGACUACUAUGCUCCAGAUAUGGACCAAUUCCACGUUUUAGAUCAUACUACUGGAGAAGAGAUCAACCAAAAAAGAAACGUCUUGGUUGAAUCAGCAAGAAUCACUAGAGGAAAUAUCAACAAUCUCAGAGAACUUGAUGCUAAAAAUUAUGAUGCAAUCUUUUUCCCAGGAGGAUUUGGAGCCGCUAAGAAUCUCUCAACCUUCGGGCAAGAAGGAGCUGAGAUGGGAGUACUCCCAGAAGUAGCCAAUGUCCUGAGAGAGGCUAGAUCCAACCAAGUAAAUAUUGGCAUGGCUUGCAUCAGUCCAAUCAUUGCUGCUAAGGUAUUUGGAAAAGAAUCUGAUGGUCCAGGAGUCAAUAUCACGCUUGGUUCUAAAGGCGCUAACUUCCCAUAUGAAGGUAGCAUUGAGGUGGCAGAAGGGUUCGGAAAUACUCUUGAACUGAGAGAUGUCAACGAGAUGACUAUUGAUAACGGUGCUAAGAACUCAUACCUCGUCACAACUCCAGCUUAUAUGAAGGAUGCUGCUCCACAUGAAGUAUUUGAAGGAAUCUCAAACAUGGUUGCGACUGUUCUCGAACUCUCUGAGAAUAAGUAAUUCUUCAAUUUGAUGAAAA